AUGGCUGUUCAUGUUUGGGGACUCGUCGCCAUUUUUGUGUUCUACUUGCUUAUUUUCAUCCUUGGUAUCUGGGCGGCAUGGAAAAAUAAAAAGAAAGGGAAAGAGGCGACGAGUGAGGAUAUCUUGCUAGCAGGGAGAAAUAUUGGGACGUAUCUAGGGAUAUUUACUUUGACAGCCACGUGGGUAGAUGGCUCUCUGAUCAGCGGGCUUGCCGAGGGUAUCUACACUUCUGGUUUGUCCGCGCUCAGUAUGCCGCUCGGGUACUGUGCAAGUUCUGUUUUAGCUGCGUUCUUCUUUGUCAAAAAGAUGCGUGAAGACAAUUAUAUCACUAUGCUGGAUCCCUUCGACCGGAAGUUUGGUAAAAUCAUGACAGGGUUCCUGUUCUUGCCGGCUUUUACCGGGGACAUAUUUUGGUUCGCUGCCACCUUGUCUUCAUUAGGUACAACUCUAACAGUGGUUGUUGGGCUCGACCAUUGGAUCACCAUCACGGUGUCGGCAGCUGUGGCCUUGAUAUACACGUUGUUUGGAGGACUCUACUCGGUCUCCUACACUGACGUCAUGCAGAUGUUGUUCAUCUUUGUAGGCCUGUGGCUGGCCAUCCCUUUUGCCUUGUCGAACCCCCUGAUGACGUCACUAUCAGAGACGUCAGAGAAGUGGAUAGGGAAGGUUCCAAACCAAGACAUCACCACCUACAUAGAUACACUGUUACAAAUGAUGAUGGGGGGAAUACCUUGGCAGAUUUUGUGGCAGCGCGUCCUGGCGAUGAAGUCAUCGAGGUUGGCGGAAGUGAUGGUGUACGCAGGAGCAGCAUGA